AUGGCCCACAGCCAGUCUCGGAAGCGAUCACGAAGCAGGAGCAAAAGCAGUUCUCGGAGCAGACCGGAGAGGAAGGAGAAGAAGAGGAGGAAAAGCAGCAAGGACUCACACCGGGGCAGCACCUCUCCUCCGAGGACCUCUGGGUCUCACAAACACAAGUCGAGCUCAGCGGCAGCUAAGGAAGGAAAGAAGAAGGAAAGAAAGGACAAAAAGAAGAGGAAGGCAAGUACCUCUUCCUCUGAGACAGCGUCUUCAUCCACCGGCUCCUCCUCGUCUUCCUCUUCUUCCUCCAGCUCCUCUUCUGACAAUUCCAGUGACAGUGACUCAAAAACAAAGAAGAGGCGACACGGCAAAAAAAAGCGAGCCAAACAGAAGGACAAGAAGAAGAAAAAAAAGAAGAGAAUAAAGAAGAAAUCAAAAAAGAAGUCAAAGGAAGGGGCUAAGGAGGAGAAAGCCAAGGGAGAAGCGGUGCCCGGCCCCUCGCUGGAGCAGUGGCAGAAGGAAUCACUGGUGGACUCUGGGCCAGUUUUGACAGAUGAACAAAAAUCCCGAAUCCAGGCUAUGAAGCCAAUGACAAAGGAGGAAUGGGACGCGAGGCAGAGUGUCAUAAGGAGAGUCGUGGAUCCUGAAACGGGGAGAACCAGGCUUAUCAAAGGAGAUGGAGAAGUACUAGAGGAAAUCGUCAGCAAGGAGAGACACAAGGAGAUCAACAAGCAAGCCACCCGGGGGGACGGGCUGGCCUUCCAGGUGAGGACAGGGAUGCUGCAGGGAGCGCACAAGCGCCGGCUGUGCCGGGAGCCUGUCCUGCUGCUGGUGCCAGCCCGGCAUCAGCCGCUGUCUCUGGACCACGCAGACACCACCAUGGCUGCAAAGACGUGGGAGCUGCGCUGGGCGGCGGGCGGGCAGCUGGGGUUUGAGCACUCCGCCGGCUCGGACGCCGUAAUCAGCUCAGCACUGUCCCUCCUCCGCCUCCGCCUCGACCCUCCAGCGCCACGAACACGAGAUCUACCUUGGGUGUCUGGUGAGUUUGAUUGGCCUACCGUGGCCCGGAGCCAGCUGGCAGAGCAGCGUUCACAGUGCUGA